CAGAGUUGGGUCAUGGACUCAGGCGUUUCCUCUCAUUUUCUUUUCUUUGUCUUCUUUCUCCAGUCACGGUAGUCCGUUUCCUUUCUUUCUCUUUCUCCCCGUUCCUCUCUCCUUCAAUCCAUCAUGGCAUCCCCGCGGCUGGAGACUUUCUGCUGCCCAAACCGGGACGCAGCGACAGAGUUUGUGGUCACUUUUCAGCCAGUCUUGUUCGGGGCUUUAAGUCUGGGAAGCGCGGCUUUAAGCCUCUUAUUCGCUAUUUUACAAAUUCUACCAAAACGCAAAGGAUACAGAAGACUCGGACAGUAUCCUCUGCCAAGGCCUGCGUCCUCCUCGCGGAUAUUGUUCAUCAUCAGUAUAUGUGACAUACUGGGAUGCACAGGUGUCAUUGUAAGAUCAUCUGUGUGGCUAGGUCUGCCGAACAUCAUCGACCACAUCUCAGUGGUCAACAACACCGAUGUCUGGCCAGAGGUCUUCUGCGUAGGCAGCGCAAUGUGGAUCCAGUUGUUUUUUAGCGCUUCUUUUUGGUGGACCUUUUGUUAUGCGGUUGACGUCUUCCUGGUGGUGAAAACAUCUGCAGGAAUCAGCACCAUUAUACUCUACCACAUGAUUACAUGGGGCCUGGCUGUGUUGCUGUGUGUUGAAGGAGUGGCCAUGCUGUACUAUCCAUCUAUUUCUGACUGUGAGCAGGGUCUCCAGCACGCCAUUCCUCACUAUGUCACCACAUAUGCACCGAUGCUGCUCGUUCUCUUAGCCAACCCUGUGUUUUUUAAUCGGACCAUAUCUACUGUGACAUCUUUGCUGAAAGGACGACAAGGAAUCUACACCGAAAAUGAGAGACGGCUGGCAAAUGAGAUAAAAAUACGCUUUUUUAAAAUAAUGCUGGUGUUCUUUAUUUGCUGGAUUCCCAACAUCAUUAAUGAGAGCCUCCUCUUCUACCUGGAGAUGCAGACAGACAUCAAUGACAACAGUUUCAGGAAUAUCAGGAACACAGCCCUUAUCACAUGGUUUAUUAUGGGUAUCCUGAAUCCCAUGCAAGCAUUCCUUAACACCCUGGCCUUUCACGGCUGGACAGGCUUUGACGUUGACUUCAGCCUGCAGCAGAGGAGGGAGCUGGUCUGGGACUCCGUUUCUACUUCAGCACCUAAUACGACUUCCCAUAACCCCGUGGCGGGAACUACACUGCUUUACCAGAGCCAUGUCCAGGAAGCACAGAAGAACAUGAUGGGAAAUGGGCAACACCACUCUGAUGCCAUCAGUGUCCUUUCAGAAGGUUCAGAGUCUAGUACAGUUGAAAUCCACAUUUCCAGCGAGCUACGAGACUAUGAGGAUGUAGACGCUGACGGAGAAUCCUUGGAGAACUCUGUGAAGCACUAACUGGGGUCGUCCACAAACCACCUUCCUCUACUUUGCUGCACAAUGCUGUUUUUUUUUCAGUCACUUUUGUUCUAGAUCGUCUCACAUUAAGCUUGUUAUCCUGCUGAGAUUCUAACUGGUCGUGAGAUUUCAUUAUUCGGUAUGACAGACUAAGUCUCAUUCUCGAUUCCAAGCCUUUUACUUUUGUGUUUUAAAUCUCUGUGCACUGCAGUGUAGUGCUAGUUUUCAGACCCAUCAACUCAGCAGUCCCAAAGAUACUGUCUCUUGUAGCAGCUGACAGAACAAAUAUGACUCACAGGCUGACCUUUAAAAGGGCUGCAAGUGCUUGUGGAAGCAUUCCUGGAUACACUGAUUUUGUGAUAUGCAUCCUUUUCAUUUAGCAGCUGAGGCCCAACAGAAUGAAAUAAGCUAGAUAAUCCUAAAAGAAAGUUAUUGUAUUCCAGUUGUCCGUGUUGUAUUUUUGCACACAUGUAUCUCAUGCUAUAUUAAAUUUCUAAAUAUCUUUUA